AUGCAUUUAAAAACAAAUUCUAAACGGCGCCGUUCGAUUGGUGAACGGUGUCGUGAUUUUUGGUCAACGAUCUAUAAAAAUUCUCAUUCAUUGGGUAAUUUUAUUUAUAAUAAAGAACACCAUGAACUAUUUGGACGUGAUGGAAAACGAUGGAGCAAAUUAGCUGCUUUCUAUUUUUGUUUCUAUGUUGUCCUUGGUGGCAUGUUUUGUUUGUAUUUAUCGAUAUUUAUGAUAUUUUUACCAAUAAAUCAGCCAAGAUACAUAGGCAAAGAUAGUCAAUUAACAUCUCGUAGUAACCCUUUUUCCCCAGGACUCAGUAUCCGACCACAAGUCCGUUUAACAUUAAAAAAUCCAUUGGCAUUGAUAUGGUUAUCAUCAAGUGAUGAAAAAUAUCCGAUGAAUGAUAAUAUUGAGAUGUACACAAAGAAUCUUGAUGAUUUUUUAAAUAAUUAUAACACCAAUGCACAAAACUCUAAAAAUUUUACUAUUCAUGAUGUCGGUGAUUGUAAUUCAAAUAAUCACUAUGGUUAUACAGAUGGCAAACCAUGUAUUUUAAUAAAAAUAAACAAACUUAUCGGUUUUAUACCAGAAGUCAGAAAAAUUCAUGCUAAUAAUAGACAUGACGACUCGGAAUGCAUUGGUAUAUCUAAUAUUCCAGUUCGAUGUAUGGGAGAGAAUCCAUUCGAUCAAGAUAUGAUUGGCAAGAUUCAAUAUUAUAGCGAAUCAGAAUCAAGUGAUGUGUGUGGUUCAAUUGAUAUCAAACAUUUUCCUUAUAAUGGUAAAGAUGAUCGAAAUAAUGUUUAUCAAACUCCAUACGUAUGGAUACAAUUUAGAAACAUUACACCACAUGUGUUAAUCUCAGUUGAAUGUCGGAUGUUUGGUGCUAAUAUUUUUUAUGAUAAAAUUGCACAACUAGGCAGUAUACGUUUUCAAUUGUAUCUUAAUAAAAAGAUAUAA